AUGGCAGACAGAGGUGUAUACAUCUGUGUCUGCCAGUCUUACGUGGGUCGUAAAGUAUUAGACAGAGGUCAGACGGAGAGCCCUAACAAUGUAGCGUGUUUGCGAGCUCUGUGCUCAGUUAGUAUACAUGAGCUUAUGGACGGUACUAAAAACCAAUUAAGCAUAGAAUACGUCCGGAACUUGACGUUCCAGAUAAUGGACGUAGAUAAUUUAGAAACGACAUUUAAAGAUAAACUUGAACAGAAAGAUGCUUAUUCUGUGGCAAUUGGUUAA